AUAAACAGUGAUAUGAAAGUAAAGGUAUUAUUUGCUACUUGGUGGUUUUUGAUGUAAACAAUGCCUGGGACGAGAUGUGCUGUUGGUAUUUGCUCGAAUAGUUUGCAGAAGACGAAAAUAAACCCGGACACCGCGCACAUAAAAUACCACAGGUUUCCAAAAGAUAAACAUUUAAGGAAGUUAUGGGUACACCGUUGCAAGCGAAAUGUUAAUUUCAAUCCUUCGGCUGCUAAAGUGUGUUCUGUUCAUUUUAAAGACGAUGACUUCGAAAGAGACCUCCAAAACGAACUAUUGGGCUUAGCUCAAAAGAAGGUGCUGAAGAAAGAUGCAGUUCCUUCAUUGCAUAUGACAAAUUCCAGUGAUCAUGAAGGAAAAAAAAAAGCAGCCCAGAAUCGUAUUUCUUUGUCAGCAAAGAUAGAAAGGAAACGAAUUGUUGAAUCUUUGCUUAAAAGUUAUGCUAGGCGAUCUAGAUGUGGUAGACCAGGAAUUUCCACCUCAGUCAAAACCGAUGCUGCUAAUGAAUGUGGCAAGAGUCAUGAAAAAAUUGAACUAGUGAAUUUUGAUGGACUGAAUUCUGGAAUUACACAAAACAAAUGUUUGCACCUGCAAACAAAGCUAAAUGAUAGUAAUCCUAGAAAUAUUUCUGGUAGCCCAGAAACACUUACCAGCGAUGUCAAAGGUAAUUCUGGUAAUGAAUGUGGCACGAGACAUGAAAAAAUUGAACUGAAUUUUGAUAGACUGAAUUCCAAAUUCUUACAAACCAGAUGUUUGCACCUUCAAACAAAGUUAAGUGAUAGUAGUACUAGACCUAUUUGUGAUAAUCCAGAACCUCUCACCAGCGAUGUCAAAGAUGAUGCUGGUACUAAAUGUGGCAUGAGUCAUGAAAUUAUUGAACAACAACUGAAUUUUGAGAGACUAAAUUCCAAAAUCUUAAAAAACAAAUGUUUACAUCUUCAAACAAAGCUAAACGUUGCCAGAAGAGAAAUCAGGAAUUUGAAAUUGCAGGUACAGAGUUUGAAAAACUUAAAAAAAAAUGAAGUAGUGGAGAAGCAAGCAUUGCGCGUACUGAGGAGUAUUUUCACUCCGUCCCAAUGCAGAGCUCUCCUUUCAGGAAAAAGAGUAAUUUAAUUGGGAUAACAAUUCAGCAUGCACUAACAUUACGACAUAUUAGUAAGGAGGCCUACUUGUAUUUAAAAAAAUGUUUAGGUUAUCCAUUGCCAUCUCAUGCUACUCUAUAUAGGUAUAUGUGAUCAAUCUCUGUUGAGCAAGGUUUGUUGGAUAGUAUGAUACUAAGUGCCUCACACAAGUUUAACACAUUGGAGGAAGUUUGAUGAGAUGAAAGUUAAGUCAUGUUACAAAUAUGAUAGGGCCAUACCAACAAAAGCAAGUAAUCCAUUAGUGGGCUUUUUCAAACUUUUGUUGUUUGUGAUACCAAUGUGACAAAGAGCCUCUUUUGACUUUAUGAAAUUGGUUACACUGCAGUUGUCUGUUUCAGUGAUAUGUGCAUCAACAAGAGGGGCGUGUGGAAUUCCACGUGUGGUGACGCUUACAACUGGACCGUUUUUCUCUAUGCAAGUGCUGAGGAUACAUUAUUAUUUACCAUAUUUCUUUUAAUAAAACCAAUAAAAAAACUUAGCAGUAAAAGUUCCAUAUCACGUAUCCAAGUUAUCCCAUGGUCCUGAUGGUACAUGAUGCUUGUUUUAAUGUAGUACAUGGAAAAGAUCUUGGACAUAAUAAAAACUUGUGAUAUAACAAUGAAUUAUGAUCAGAAGUUGAAUACGAAAGAAAAAAAAUUCCACUGGACAUGACAUAAUUUAUUUGUAUAUUGUGUGUGUGUGUGUGAUAUUCCAGAUUAUUAUUUUUUUUUUUUGCUAGAAUCUUUCAAUGUACUAGAUUAAAACAGCAAGCAUCAGGAUCAGUGUAUACAGGAUCAUGCCAACAGGAAAAUGGAAUAAUUAGGAUAAAUAGCUUUUAGGUACUGUAGUCACAAAGUUAUAUUUAAACUUUAACUGAAUAAAAUAUGAAUGAAUUCAAAGCAUGCUAUAACUUGUCUCCACAUCGUGUUGAAUGUGAAGGAAGUCAGUCGCAAAGUGUGUGCUCAGUGGCUCAGCUACUUUCUCCCACAACUCGGCUUGUGCUGUGAUACGCUGCAAACCUGGUAACUGAAGUGCACGAGAAACUGUUACUAUUGCAGGCUCUAUUGAACUGGUUUAUGCUGACAUUUUAUAUUAUGAACAGUUCCACACUGCUCUAGCUUAAAACAUCCUUACUCCAUAUCUGUGAAAUUACUUAGGUAUCAGUUGAAUUUUGUUACACUAUUACAAGUUAGAGCCUGAUAAGACCAUACAUUUUUAGCACAUGAAAAUGUCCAUAUUAGUGCUACUUGUCAGUCUUAGCAACUUAGCGAGGGAAGUUGCUUUAACUGAAUGCUUAAUAUUUUAACAAUGUAUCUUUACAAGUCUACAUUUUCCCAAUUCAGUGACUUGUAUGAGAAUGAUUUUAAAAAAUAUAUAGUAUUCCUGCCUACAUAUAAAACAUUUUUGUCAAAAUGUGUUUCUGUUUAGUAUUUGCAGCCAGUAAAAAUUAAAUUAUGUCACUAAACGAGUUUAAAAUUUUGCUUGUGUCCUCAUUAAACAUUACUUCUAUUGGUAGCUAAAUGAUUUAUUUGUUACAUUGUGUUGCAUGUAAAAUGUAAAAAACAUUUUUUUAUGUAACGAAUUGUAAGUUAGUUAUAUAAAGUGUAUCUGGUUGUUUUACAUAGGUUAUUGUGUGCUUUUGGUCAGUGAAAAGGGAUUGAUGGUUUUCACUUUACCUAAAUAUUAUUCCAUUAAAAAAAAUUGGGAAAGUGGUGUAGGAGGCUUCAGGGAGCCUUCUUCCUUAAUAAUUUGCUACAAAGUUACAUUUUCACAUUCAAAAUCCCAUAGAGGCACAUUACUGACAAAGAGACUGCAUUGCAUCUUCGUGCCUUGCGUGGAGGUGAAGGCCUGUGAUUAGCAAGUCCCUAGAGGAAGCCUGAUUUUGAUAAAAAUGUUCAUAUAAUAUCUAUAGAUAAGGAAGGUAUCAGUGUCUGUCAGUUGUCAAUAAUUAUGUUAGUAUUUUUCAUUUAAAUACUUGUUUGUUUUGAACUAUAGUUGAGUUGUGUAUUUAUAUUGUUAACAUUUUUAUUUAUUUAUUUAUUUAUUUAAAUUGUUAUACGUCUAUCAACAGCGAAGAGCCAAGGUGGUAGACACUAUACACAUAUAUAUAAACAAAUACUGAAAUACAAAACAAAUCCACAGUAAAUGAGAAACAAAAAAAAAAUAUAUAUAAUAUGAAGUAAUAGGUACCUAAUGAAGAUAUUUGAAAGAAAAGGUAAAUUGAUAAAUAACAACAAUGCACAUGAAGCACUACAAUAAAAUGUAAUGAUUACAAUAACUGUUAUAUAAAAACUAAGAUAAUUAAUCAAGUAUUGGACAGAUCAUUGCAAUUAAGAAGAAAACUCAUCAAAUUAAUAGGUAGGGUAUACAUAUUAAAAUAUGCUUGUAAAUGGAGCAGACACUAAAUUCUUUUUCUACUAUUGGAAAAAUACUAUUUAUUCGGUUGAAAUUAUUUACUAAUCUGUAUAAAGUUUUUGUUUUUUACUAUAAUAGUGCAUAAUAAAGUAUGAUUACAACAUUGAAAGUAGGAACCUUGGGGCCAAUAUUAUCAACAAAAAAAUCAUAAUUGCAAUCUAACUUGUGUUUUAUGCAGUCACAAAUUUUGCAUCCAACAUAACGUUUUCCUUCUAGUGGCUAAGGAGCCUAGUAUAGAAUGUAGGUCUAAAAUAAUUGGUAAAUUCUUGAUUUAUAUAGUAAGUUUAUUAAUUUGGUUUGUAAUUUUAGAUUUUGACACUUUGGAAUUGCUUAAGUUGUUCCAAAUAAUAGAGUUAUAUUCUAAUUUGGAUCUUACCAAGGAAGUAUAAAGACAUAAGACUGAGUUAGUAUUAGAAGCAAAAUAGGUAGGCCUAUCGUAUUUUAUCAAAGCAAGUGUUCUAUUGACUUGGCUUUAUGGAAUAAAUGUGGUAAUUAAAAAGAAAUUUGAAAUCAAGUAUGAUACAUAGGUAAGUCUUUGACCAAUUUGAACUUGGCAAGUGUGUGAUUUCCUAAUUUAUGAUUAAAAUUAAUGGGGUGAAUUUUUCUGGUAAAUGUUAUAAUAGUAAUUUUCCCAUAGUUAAGAUUGACUAUAUUUAGUUUGCACCAAGCAGCAUUUAUAUCAUUUUGGAAUAAAAUUCAAUUAUGGCAACAUGAUAUUUUUCUAUAAACAAAAGGUCUUUAGAAUUUUGAAGUACCUUUUCAAUAUCAUCAAUCAAAAUAUUAAAUACCUAGUAAAGGUGAUAAUGUACCACCAUGUGGAACACCCGAACUUGCUACAAGUAUAUCAGAAUUAAAAAUUAAAAUACAUAAUACGGCAGAAGGUGUUUUUUUUUUUCCCACACUUGCUACAAAUUAUAGCAGACAAGAGAAGAAAGCAGGCUGUGUAUUAUAUUUGUUGAAAACAGUAUUAAUUUUUAACUAUGUUGAUAUUUUUUUUUAUCUUGUAUCAGAUUUUUGAAUGCUGUAUGUAUUGUAUUGAGUUCAGAAAAACUUAUGUUGUAGAUACAUAUAAGAAUCCCUAGUAGUACCUAAUUAUUAUGAUUGAGUGUAUACAAAGUGCACCAAAUAAAAUGUAAACACAUUUGGAUCUGAUAAAUAUAAUAUGUCUACUGGAAAAAGAAAAUUGAUAAAUUAAUAAUUUUGAAAUACAAAUUUGACGUCCCUCGGCUUGAGGCCCCCGGUUCCCUGCUUGCGUGAAUGUUCAGUUAUGCCCGUACUGCUCUGCGGAGAGUGGGUCCAGGCCAACGUGGCCGGGACCGGGAACUGCGGGACCUGGAGGGAGGAGUUAGGUGGAGAGGAAAAUUGGUAAAUUGUUCCAAUAACAAUUCGGUGUUGACGGUUUUCACGAGCCCCUUUUAUUAACGGUUUAUGACCCUGUCGCAGCCUGGCGAAAUCACCGCGGAGCCUACUCCCCUCCCACGGCGACCCAGACUCACGUAACACCGUAAGGUCCGCUAUGACGUCCCGGCACCGAUGCCGCUUACACGUAGUAUUAGUCCCGUUACGUUACACCACGAAGAAGCGCGGUGCGCGUGCGUCCUGUUACGUAACGUAUGGUCCGGAAUUCUCUGCGAUAUAUGUCUCUCGGAGACUCGUAAACUCAGUAACGCGGCGAAUGACUCGCGGAGGCAGCUUGACUGCCGUACUUGUGAACUGCAAAACGAGAAGAGGCCACGAGCUCCGGGUACGCGCCUCGUGAGCAGCGCGGAGCGGCGUACUCGACCGUCCUCGUUCGAGCCCUGAACACGACUGACUCUCCCCGCUAGCCCGCGGGCCGGCGCCCGCGGGUUGCGGGGAGGGGAGGGGAAAUCGGCCGGCGUGGGAGAGAGCUCCGUCUUGCGGCGCGCCAGGCUGCAAUUACAUACUACCUCCUUGCAGAAACACAGAACAAUCACAGUUAAACGAACAUUAAUUACAACCAGUUUAUAGAGUUAAUAAAUUAUACACAAUAUUUACAUACGCGUUGAGGCCCGCGACCAUUUGAAAAAUAUACACAAAAAAUAUACAAAAACACAAAAUCAACUCUUGCACAAUUAGCUCACUAGCCCGCUAGGGCGCACGCGGGUGCGUCCCUGGCCGUCGCACUUCACUGGGGGAAAACACACUGCCUCAGGUCCCCGUCGGUGGCCAGGUACGGCCUCUGCACCUGAGAGGGUACGACGACUGUCGUCAAAUUGUUAAUGUAAUCACUAAUUACAUUUUAAAAUAACAUCAACUGGAAAAUUUACUUUAACUGUAUGUUACAGAAAAACAACCAUACUUCCUUUGCCUUAUGUAAUAUAGAUUUAGUGUUAAGUAAAUAAAUACAAUAAUGGUUUAUUUUGAAAAUUUUUAAUUUAUCAUAACACAAAGCAUUUUUUUAAAAAUCUACAUCUACCAAUAUAUGUUUGUAUGCAAUAAUAGCUAAAAAAAAAAAAUGUUUUGCAAGAAACCUUCUGUUUUAAAAGCUCUAAAAAUCUUACUUCUAGCAAGUGAAUAGACAUAAUCAAUAGUGUCAUUACUUAUGUUUUUAUGCAAAAAGUCUAACUUUUUAUAUUUAAUCUUCACAAACAAAAUACGAGAAAUAUUAGCCAUCUUACUCAGCAAACAAGCUAUACAAGAAGCUGCAUUAAAAGUUACAAAAACAAUCUUUUCAGAUAGCUAUUAAAUGAAUAAAUAAGAUUAUUAUUGAUUGCUCAUUCUUCCUAUUCUUGAUAAAUAUUUUUGUUACAGUCAAUUAAUACACAAAUAUAAUUUUUAAUUAAGUGUUUAGUGCACAUUUUCUACCUUUUUUUUUUCUUGCGGAGAUUCCAGAAAGCCGAAAGCAAUUGAGGAAAUAAAAGUUCAAUUUAUUGUCAUUAUACUUCUCAUAUAACAUGAUUUGUCCAAUACCUUUGUACAAAGUUGUAUGGCCUGAAAAGAUUUAAUGGAUGCAAUAAACUAAACAUCACAAACUAUAACAAAUUCAUAACAAUUUGUGAUAGUGUCUUUUAUGUAGGGAAAUUUUAAUUUGGUUUAUAAUAAAAAGUUUUCAAUAUCAUAUUUCAUGUUGUACUAUGACAAUGUGUGGUACUUUUUUUCUACACCAAACAAUUAUUAAUGCUGUUUGUAAGUGAAAAUGAAGAAUAUUAAGUGUGUAGUUAAUUCAUCUAUGUUCUUGAGUUAUUCCUUUGUGCACUGUUCCACCAUUUUAAUUGCUAUUAUAUGAAGUUUUGAUACUGCACAACAAUAUCAAGUGUUCAUUACACAGGUAUUGUACGUACUAAGUUCAAAGAAUAGGCUGUAGGUGUGUAUUAAAAGAACUCAGACAGUGUUACUUUCAUUAAAGAAUUUUGAUGAUUUAUCUUUAUGUAUAAAUACAUUUAUAGAUCAUAGUCAUUUUAUAGAUCAACAUUUUAUAGUUUUUUUUUUUUCAUUCUAGCAGUGAUGAUACUUUGAUAGAUGGUAAUGGUUGUGCUUUAAUAUUUUGUGUGUUAGUGGUAUUUAAAUGUUAUUGUGUAAUAUUUAAAAAAACAAAAUUUAUCAAAAUAUACAAAUAACUGUAAAUAAAGUUGUAUUGGAGUUUAAAAUUUUGUAGUUUCAUGAGUAUUUCUAAUGCAAAUGUGACAGUAUUUCCCACACUACAGCUAUAAUUUAUAAAUGUUAUUAAUUCAAACAUUUGGAAUUGUUUGACGUCAUCUAGGGCUACACACUCUUGGAGCCUGAUGCAACCAGGUGCAGAUGUAUGCUUUCACUCGGUAAGGGACACUUUUAAUAAUGGUGUUCUAUCUUCCAGAGAAUUCAUCUGGUUGUGACUAAUGUGUGUGGAACUAAAAAUUGUGUCAUUACUUAUUUAUAUAGAUAAUUACUAAAUUAAAAUUUUUCUUUUUUUAUCAAUGAUACAGAAACUAAAAAUGAGAGCCAAUGUAAAAAAAUCUUAAAGAGCAGAGAAAUUUUUCUAAAAAUUAAUUUUCACUUCACGGCUCAGAUUUUGUUGCUAUAUAUUAUGUAAAAGAAAAAAAUCAGGUUUGUGGCUCCGGCGUUGAGACAUCAUGCUGUCACAGUUCUCAGCAUUUAUAAUUUUAAAAUAUAAUUACAUUAAAAUAGAAUUUUAAAAAUAUUGAAAAUAAUCAAAAUUAAUUUUGAUACUUUGAAAAACAUAAUGCAAAUUAAUUAUAUUUUAAAACGUUUUUCAUGAUUUGAAGAAGUACAUAACUACAAGGAAUUGUGGUUUAGUAUUGAAAUGAUUUGAUUCCACAAUUUAUUAAUUGUUAAAAAAAAUAUUUUUUUUAAUGUCUUGGAACUGGACUGAACAUACCGUUGACGUCGACCCAAGUGUCUCCUCGGCUCCUUCAGGCCGUUAUGCCUCGUCAACGUCCUCCCUUGUUUCCCCAGUGAACCCUCAGUGUUGUGCAUCGGCCAGGGACGCACCCGCGUGCGCCCUAGCACACCAGUGAGCCGGAGUUAAUGUGUAAAUGUUUCUGUGUUGUAUAUAUGCUUUCCAAAUGACCGUGACUUUUUAAGGGUGUAAAUAAUGUAACCGUAAUGUAUUUAUUAGUGUGUAAAUGGUCUUGUAAUUCUCGUAAAUGUGUCACAGUGUCUGUAUGUAAGCGCGGCCUGGCGCUCAUCCGCGUCGCGAGGGGUGGCGCUCUCCCACGCCGGCCGAUUCCCCCUCCCCUCCCCCGCAGCCCGCGCGCGACGGCCCGCGGGCGGGCGGGGGAGAGCAGUUGAACUCAGGACUCGAGCAGCGGCGGACGCGCGCUCCGCUCCGCGCUGAUCUAGAGACGGGUCUAUCGAGCUCACGGUCCGGCGACACCGCCACAGUACGAGCAUUCGCAGCAGCCGCGCUGCCUACGUUGUGCCGCCCACGCGAUUGGGUGUCCGAGUUACGAGUUACGUCACGAGUCGGUCAAUAUAGGACGCGUAAGCAUAGUUACGCAUCGCUGAACUUUCGCCGACGUUACGAGUCAGUACGUAAGAACCGCGCACGCAUCACGUGUCUUUGUGAGGGACAUAGUUACUCUUUGCUGAACCAUCGCCGACGUUACGAGUCAGUACGUAAGAACCGCGCACGCGUCACGUGCCUUUGCGAAGCAGUUGGAUAUCAGGAACUUUGUUACGUGGGAGAACUGCCAGUACGCGUCGGGACGAGUGGGCCGUACGAGACGGUCUUCGGGAGUCCGGGUCUUCGUGGGAAGGGCGCGCACCCCGCGACGGAUCCGCCAGGCCGCGGCAAGCUCUCUGAUUGCAAUAAAAGAGCUCGUGGAACGAUCAA